GCCCAUCCAUCUCAUAUGACGACCAUACCGGCACACAGCAACAGAAAUCUGCACCCGGAAGACCUGGCUAACGUUGCUUUCGAUGUGGAAAUACGCGGCCUUGGCGCCAGGUGUGAUGCGCCGCCGUACAAAAUGCAUUGCCCUGGAGUACGAAGGUCGGAUAUUACACAACGGGAGCAGGGUGCGCAUGCUUGAACCCACGAUGACAUGACAAGUUCUGUGGGACUGAUACAGGACAGCUAUCAGUCACCUUGAAACCAUAUCUUGCUGGAAAGGAAUUUCCAAUGCGCAAGCUUUGGAGCUGACCCUUUGGGAGCGUUUGCUUCACCACUGCUUGGUCUUACGAAUCGAAGAACGUUUACGACGCAGCUUAGUGAUUCAGUUAAGCAAAUGCAAAGGUAAGGAAGCAUUUGCCACUUGGGUCGUCGAUCCAGCCGUGAAUCGUACUAAGUUGAUUAGAAUGUAGCGACCAAGACACUCUUCCC